AUGAAGUUCUCUGCUGCCAUCAUCACCUCUGUCCUCGCUGCCACCGCAACAGCUGCGUUCGACAAGAACCAGCCAUGGGGCAAACGUGAUUAUUCUUGUUUGAACGUGUUCCAAGGCAUUCCCGAUCACGCCACCGUGACCGAGGGCCAGACCGUCCACAUCCGCUUCAACCGCCAGCCGACUACACACUGCAGCGACCCGUUGACCAAGUACCCGACUAGCAAGUACAGUAUUUGGCUGUACAACAACCCCGUCCGCAAUCUUGAUGCCAUCAACUUUGACCAGCAAAUCAAAAUUGCCGACAACAUCCCGGCUAAUGCCAAUGCCUUCGAUGUCAAGAUCCCUGCAAAGCUGCCAAAUGUGAAGAACCAGGACGUGUGGUACCUGAGACUCAGUACCGGUCUCGACACUGCUCCCCAGAUGCCCACCCUGUUCAAUGCCGAGGGACCUUUCACCAUCCACAAGGCGUGA